AUGGUUGGAUAUCCUCAAAUUGUUAAAGGAAAUCCCGAUAUAUAUUAUAAUAGUAUAUGUUUCAUUGGUCGAGAUGGAAAAUUAAUUGAAACAUAUUCAAAACACUUUUUAUAUACAACAGAUGAAAUUUGGGCUAAUGAAGGACCGGAAUUUAAAGUAAUAAAUGUAGAUAGUUUAGGAAAGGUUGGUUUCGGUAUAUGUAUGGAUCUCAAUCCAUAUCAAUUCAAAGCACCAUUUGAUGCUUAUGAAUUUGCAAAUUUUCAUCUUCAACAAAAAGUCAAAAUUUUACUUUAUAAUAAUUACAAUAACAUGGGUAAUAUCUUAGUUGUUGUAUGUAAUCGUACUGGAAUUGAAGAUAGUACAACUUUUGCAGGAAGUAGCUCUAUUUUAUCUAUAUCACCAUCUACUAGUUCAAUACAUUUAUUAGGUUCACUUGGUAAACGUCAAGAAUCUGUUAUGAUCAUUGAUGUACCUAUAGAUGAUGUUGAUGGAGUUGACGGAGUCGAUACUAAUGAUCUCAUCAGUUUGACAAGUCAUUAUAGUCCAGCUUUGACUUUGAUUUCAAGAACAACAUCAUUUUAUAGAUGA